AAAAACAUAUGGAUAUACGGAUAUACAAUUAAUUAUAGGUAGUCUAGAUCAUAGUUGCCAAAUUAAUAGUUCAUGUGCUAAGCUACACUACACAACAUGAUAUUCAUAUUCAUAUACCUAUACCUAUAUACCUUUGUUUUCUGCCAACGCAUACUCUCGUGAUCUCAACUCUUUUUUCAUCAUCAUAUAAUUGUUGUGGUCCUCAAAAAACACCCAUGAAUUAAGUUAAGUUACACACAUCUCUUCUCACUUCCACCACAUCCAUGGCAGCAGACCUCUGUGACUUGCAGGUCCAUAUUAAUGGUCAACAAACAUUCUAUAUCCACGAGAAAACCAUAACAAGAUUUUCCGGGAAGCUAAGGAAGCUCAUAAAGAAAGAAAAGAAACGAACCCAGAUCAGAAAAACGGGUAUAGAGAUCCAUGAUUUCCCGGGUGGGUCAGAUGGGUUCGAAUUAUUCUCAAGAUUUUGCUACAACAAUGGCGAAAUCGAUAUAACGGUCUCUAACGUAUCACUCCUUCAUUGUUGUGCGGUUUUUUUGUCCAUGAAUGACACCCUCGUACCCAAAACAACCGAUCUUUACAACCGGAUAUCCGACUGGUCGUUUAAGGAUGUUCGUGACUGUCUUAAGAGCUGCACACCGAUCUUUACAUACGCAGAUUCGUUUGGUAUCAUCGAUAAACUCAUAUCUAAUUUGAUAUUAAAGAUAACCCAACAUUCAGAUUCCAAUAUCAGUUUAUUAAUCCCAUCAUCAUCAUCUUCAUCUUCACCUGAUAGUACUGUAAAGUCUGGAGGUACUUUGUUAAGAUUGUCUUCUAGUUCAUCUUCUAAGGGUUUAUGGUGGUAUGAUGACAUGACAAUUUUGCCCCCUUUUGUUAUAGAAAGGUUUGUGAAAGCUUUAGGUGGUUAUGGUAAUGAGAACACUAGUUUAACCCUCACAAGAUUCUUGUUACAUUAUCUAAAAACCUCAUCUCAGUCAAAGACACAAGCUUUUUCAAAGUGUGAGUAUGGUGGGCUUGCUGACACAGCAGUUUAUGGGGUGGUUUUGAUGGGGAAAAGUGCAUUUUCUUGUAGAGGGUUAUUUUGGGUAUUGAGGAUUGUUUCAGGGUUUGGGUUGAGUAGAGAGUGUAGAGGUGGGUUGGAGAGGUUGAUUGGUGGGAUGCUUGAUCAAGCAAAGGUGGAUGAUUUGUUGGUGAGUAAUAGUGGGUCAAGUGGGGUGUAUGAUGUGAAUCUUGUUUUGAGGUUGAUAAGAGAGAGUAAUAAAGUUGAGGGGGUGUGUUUGGAAAGGAUGAAGAAGGUUGGGGGGUUGCUUGAUAAAUAUUUAGGGGAGAUUGCUCCAGAUCAGAGUUUGAAGAUAUCAAAGUUUUUAGGGGUUGCUGAGAGUUUACCAGAUUGUGCAAGAGAUUGCUUUGAUGGGGUCUACAAAGCCAUUGAUAUAUACCUUGAGUCACACCCAUGUCUAUCAUUGGAAGAAAGAUCAAGGUUAUGUAGGUGUUUAAAUUACGAGAAGCUAAGCUUAGAAGCAUGCAAAGACUUAGCCAAAAACCCUAGAAUCCCACCAAGAAUUGCAGUCCAAGCACUUGUUUCACAACAUUCCAACAUACCAACAGUUUAUACAAACGAUCAUCAUCAAGAUUACUCCUACAUUAAUAUUAACGAUCAUAAUCACCAAACUCCGUUGACCAAAAGCAGUAGAGAACUCAUGGUCCUCUACAACAACAACGGCGCCCAUGAUCAUCUUCAAUACGACUCAGCGGAUCACAGCUCUAGAACUAGCUCAAGAUAUGAUCAAGAUAAGGAGCUUGAUGAUGGGGUGGUUAAACUAAACUUGCAAAAAAUGCAAUGGAGGGUGGUGGAGUUGGAGAAAGUUUGUAGGGAGAUGAAGGGUCAAAUGUCUAAAAUGGUUAAGGGUGAUCGAGUCAUGCUCUCGGGUUCAUCUCAUGGUAGACCAUUGCCAAGAUUGUGUUAACCCGGUUGAAGUUUUCGGGUUUUAAUUUGGUUUUUUUUUCGGUCUUUUUUGUUGGUGUUCAAGCCUAUAUAUAAGAAAGUGUUAUGAGUGUGAUAUUUAUGUAUAUUGAUUGCUUGAAACCCGGGUUUGAUCCAAAUGGCUUCCCAUUUGGAGUCGUCGGUUUGAUUUCUUGUAUAUAGGCAAGUAAAACGGGUAAUAAAUCCUUUAUUCGGGUUUC